AUGUGUCGUGGUCCGGCGCAAUGCAUUCUGGGAAUAGCUACGUGGCAUCACUUCCGUGUUCGUGUCAUUUUCCUUCGUCACAAGUUCCAGCAGCUGUGGAAGCCAGCUUCUUCAGCGCCGGCAUUCCAGUUAAUUAUUUUACUGCUUAAUAAGACAUUUAGUUUAUGCCAUUACAAUGGCAAGCUACCAAGAUAUGAACCAGUUCUUUGUUCCAGACAGACUUGCAGAGCCGUGCUCAAUCCUUUCUGCCAAGUGGAUUACCGAGCCAAACUUUGGUCUUGCAACUUCUGUUACCAGAGAAAUCCUUUUCCUCAGCAAUAUGCAGCAAUUUCUGAACAACACCAACCUGCAGAAAUCAUCCCUCAAUUCUCAACAGUAGAAUAUAUCAUCACUCGUGCCACUUGUCAUCCACCUAUGUACCUAAUUGUUUUGGACACUUGUAUGGAGGAUGAAGAUCUUCAAGCUGUUAAGGAAUCCUUACAGAUGUCCCUCAGUCUGCUUCCUCCAAAUGCCCUCAUUGGCUUACUCACUUUUGGCAAAAUGGUCCAAGUACAUGAACUGGGAUGUGAAGGCUGCUCCAAAAGUUAUGUGUUCCGUGGAACAAAAGAUCUCUCUACAAAGCAGAUACAGGAAAUGUUGGGUAUUGGGAGAGCCAUUGGUCAGCAGAAUCGGCAAUCACAAAGUCCCCAAGGCCCCCAACAACAUUACCAGUUGCCUGCUAACAGAUUUUUACAACCUGUCCACAAAUGUGAUAUGAGUUUGACUGAUCUUUUGGGAGAGUUACAACGUGACCCUUGGCUAGUUUCACAAGGUCGACGGCCAUUCCGUUCAACAGGAGUUGCUCUGUCUAUAGCAGUUGGUUUAUUAGAGUGUACGUAUCCAAAUACAGGUGCUCGGAUCAUGCUGUUCAUUGGAGGUCCCUGCACCCAGGGCCCUGGCAUGGUUGUUGGAGAUGAGCUGAAGAACCCAAUCCGAUCACAUCAUGACAUUGAAAAAGAUACAGUCAAAUAUAUGAAGAAAGCUAUGAAGCAUUAUGAAGCAUUGGCUAACAGAGCAGCCAACAAUGGACAUGUAGUGGAUAUUUACUCUUGUGCUUUGGAUCAAACUGGUUUACAUGAAAUGAAAUUCUGUCCUAAUUUCACAGGAGGUCAUAUGGUGAUGGGAGAUUCGUUUAACACUUCAUUGUUUAAGCAAACCUUCCAGAGAGUUUUCUCUAAGGAUUCAAAAGGAGAAUUCAAAAUGGGUUUUGGAGCCACACUUGAAGUCAAAACUUCCCGUGAAUUAAAAGUAUCAGGUGCCAUUGGGUCAUGUGUGUCACUGGGAACAAAAAGUCCCUCAGUGUCAGACACAGAACUGGGAAUGGGAGGCACAUGUCAGUGGAAACUGUGUGGACUUUAUCCAAACACAACCCUUGGUAUUUUCUUUGAAGUUGUCAAUCAGCAUAAUGCACCCAUUCCUCAAGGGGGGCGUGGCUUUAUACAAUACAUUACUCAGUAUCAGCAUUCAUCUGGACAAAGAAGAGUCAGAGUGACUACAGUUGCUCGCAACUGGGCUGAUGCAUCAACCAAUAUUCAACACAUCUCGGCUGGAUUUGACCAAGAAGCUGCUGCUGUUCUGAUGGCCAGAGUCGCCAUCUUUAGAGCUGAGACUGAUGAUGGACCAGACGUGCUUCGAUGGCUGGAUCGCAUGUUGAUCAGAUUGUGUCAGAAAUUUGGUGACUAUCACAAGGAGGACCCUAAUUCAUUCCGCUUCUCACCAAAUUUUUCUUUGUACCCACAAUUUAUGUUCCAUCUUCGGAGAUCGCAGUUUUUACAAGUAUUCAAUAACAGUCCAGAUGAGACCACUUAUUACAGACAUAUGCUAAACCGUGAAGACCUUACCCAGUCUUUAAUCAUGAUCCAGCCUAUUCUCUAUGCAUAUUCAUUCAAUGGGACACCAGAGCCAGUCUUACUGGACACCAGCAGUAUAAUGGCUGAUAGAAUUUUAUUGAUGGACACUUUCUUCCACAUAGUUAUUUUCCAUGGAGAGACCAUAGCAUUAUGGCGAAAACAGGGCUAUCAAUCACAGCCUGAAUAUGAAAAUUUUAAGCAACUCUUACAGGCUCCUGUUGAUGAUGCACAAGAAAUUCUACAGACUAGGUUCCCCAUGCCCAGAUACAUUGACACAGAUGCUGGUGGUUCUCAGGCACGUUUCCUCCUGUCUAAAGUGAAUCCUUCUCAAACACACAACAAUGCAUGGGGCCUGCAGACACCAAUUUUAAGCCAGGAUGGUGGUGCCCCUGUGUUAACAGAUGACGUGAGUUUGCAGGUGUUCAUGGAGCAUCUGAAGAAAUUGGCCGUUUCUAGUUCUUCAUGA